ACAAGGAUAAAUUCAGCUGCCAUCCUCAAGGCAGAACUGAACUGCUGUCUCUCCUUGCCACAAUCCAGCUUCUACUUCCACCCUGUUUUGUUUCACAAGUCCUGGAGAUGGAGGCCCAGUGUGUUUCCCUUCUCUUUGUCUUGGCCGGGCUAUCAGCCAUCUCUGCGCAAGAAGAUUUGUCUAGAAAGGUUUUUCUUUUCCGCAACGAGCCCAGUGAAGCCUACGUCAUCCUUAAAUCCCAGCCAAAAGAACCACUACAUAAUUUCACCAUUUGCCUGAGAUCCUACUCAGACCUGACUCGGCCCUAUGGCCUCUUCUCCUAUGCCACACAAUCCGAGGACAACGAGAUCCUCAUUUUCAAGCCCAAGCCUGGAGAAUACCGAAUCUUUGUGGGAGGAGAGUAUGUAUCCUUCAAAGUCCCAGAGAAUCCCGUAGAUUGGGAACACGUCUGCUUUAGCUGGGAGUCAUCCACGGGGAUUGCCGAAUUUUGGAUGAAUGGGAAGCCCUGGCCACGGAAAGGGCUGAAGAAAGGGUACACGGUUUCUGCUGAAGCGUUCAUCUUGUUAGGUCAAGAACAAGACCAUUACGGGGGUUCGUCGGACCCAUAUAACUCCUUCUCUGGAGAAUUGGCGGAUGUGUACAUGUGGGAUUUCCUCCUCUCACCUAAUAAGAUGAGGUCGGCCUACCAGGAUUUGCAACUCCCCCGUUGUAACAUGAGUUGGAAAAACUUAGAGUAUGAAAUCAAGGGCGAUGUUUUUGUAAAAGCCAGGCUGAGAUAAGUCUAAAAAAAAACAGAUUUACAAGUAAAUAUACAAAAAUAGUUAACCUAAAUUUACUAGCCCACAUGAUUAUGCUUAUAUAUAUUUGAGAACAUGGAUAGAAACAACAGCUAAACCGUUCUUCCAGAAGCUUCUCUGGUCAGUCACUUGGCUGUAAUUUUUACUCGCCAUUGAUGUCCAGUCAAGUUGUUAUCUUUAAGCUUAGUCUCAACACUAAUUGGUAAAUAACAUUUUAGCUCCAGUCUAGGGUUACGAGGCCCAGAAUGGCAACUAGCAGAAUGCGGGGGAUGGAAAGGAGGGAUACCAUCGGUAAACAGCAUGACAUCACCUCUGGGAAAUCUGAAAGUGAUGUCACACCUCUCUAGCAAUUGGCAGAAACUCUUUGGUAAAACCAUAGAGUUUUUGACGAUUCCUAGAGAAGACUGGUGUCACUUCCUGGGAACCCUGGAAGUGAUGGCAAUCCUCUCUAUGUAUCACAGGAAACUAGGUUUACUGUAGAGUUUCAGCCAGUUCUUAGAGAUGUGUAAAAUAGUAAAGAGUGCAGUAGC